AUGCCUGUCGCCUGGCUUAGCCACAUGUCAUCUAAGCAGAAGAAGCAUCUGCUCGACUUCCCCUUCAUCUUUGACCCAUCUACACUAGUUUCUUAUUUCCGAUCUAUCAACUUUUCGAAGAUGAGCCGAAGCUACGAGGAAUCCAGCUCGCUCCAAACACGGAUGAAGGCGAUUGUUGCCCCCGGAGGCCUCAUCACCAAUCCCCAUCACAAGCUUGUUUUGCAGGAUCUUUUGAAAACGGCGUCUUCCAAGUAUCUGAUUCUCGAGAUCAGCCGUAAAAAUGUCGUAAGGGACGCCUUCGAUCAGCUUUGGCAGCGGGAGGACCGGGAACUACACCGACCAUUGAAAAUCCACCUUGGUGAAGAUGCCGGAGAAGAAGGUUUCGAUUCGGGCGGAGUCCAACAGGAAUUUUUCCGACUUGCCGUCGCUGAGUGUCUCAACCCAGACUAUGGCGCUUUUACGGUGGAUGACCGAACUCGUAUGGCUUGGUUCGUUCCUGGAUCCGUCGUGCCAGCAUGGAAGUUCGAGAUCCUUGGUCUUCUGGUGUCGCUGGCCGUCUACAACGGCCUAACGUUGCCCAUCACUUUCCCGAAGGCACUCUACCGCAAACUCCUGGGUGAGCCUGUAGACGAGUUGCAUCACAUCGCCGACGGGUGGCCAGACCUCGCUAUGGGCCUGACGACGCUUCUCGAGUGGGACGAGAGGCAGGGAUUGGUGGAAGACGUUUUUGCACGCACAUACGAGUUUUCGAUUUCGAUGUUUGGCCAGCCGGUUUCUCGUGAAAUGAACGACCAGGCUCGCAGCUGGCCACAAUUCGAACCCGCGGCAGGCAAGUCACUAGUAGACGAGAAUCCCGAGGACGCUCCGCUCGUAACCAACGAGAACAGGAACGCGUAUGUGAGUGAUUACAUCAAGUACCUCACAGACGUUUCCGUUCGCCCACAGUACGAGGCGUUCAAGCGCGGUUUCCGGGCUUGCCUGCACCCCAAGGCACUUCAACUUUUGACGCCUCCACUUCUCCAAUCGCUCGUUGAGGGUGUGCAGGAGAUCGACAUAUCUGAGCUUCGAAGAUACACGAGAUACGUCGGCUGGGACGCCAGUCACCGCGGUGUCCGCGACUUCUGGUCGAUAGUCAAGCGCUACGACGAAAAAAUGAAGAGACGCCUCUUGGAGUUCGUGACGGCCUCGGACCGUGUGCCCGUGGGAGGCAUGAAGAACCUGCAGUUCGUCGUACAGAGAAAUGGCGAAGAGGAAGGCGAGGGUGGGCAUCUGCCCACUGCAUACACAUGUUACGGCACGCUUCUGCUGCCGGAGUACAAAGACAAGGACGUCCUGAGAGAGAGGCUUGCUAUGGCAUUGGAAAAUGCGCAGGGCUUUGGGUUUGCUUGA